GGUCUACUUGAAAAUGAGUUUGUUUUUUUUUUAACUUAAAACCUUAAAACAGUUAGCCACGAACCACGCAUUUGAGUAGUUUUAUUUUGAGCUUUCAAAAUGCGUUUAACUUUUGGUUUUUUAACAAUUAUAGUUUUAUGGUUUACUUUAUUUAGUAGUGCUGAAUCAUCUGGAAAAUCCCGCAACCGAGAAGAUCGUUUUGAUCUGGAGAACGAGAGCUUUGAAAAUGAGAAUGAUGACGAACUCAUUGCUUCGUGUGAAAGUGCGGAGAGUGUGGAAAACUAUAGCUGCCGGCAGAGAAAUAAUAAAUAUCCAAAGAGAAAGACUUUUAAAUUUGCAAUUUAAAAAUAAUAUUAUAUGUGAUUUAAUU